GAAUGUAUAGAAUAUCAACGCAAAUAGUAUUCUCAUUUUUUUCCAGAUCGAAGAAAGAGUAAUUUGGAGAAGAAACAAGAACAAUUUCGGUAAAAAUAUCAGUUCGCUACCGUCUUCAACUCUCUCUUCCAACAAUUUUUAGGAGUUUAAAUUCUUGUUCAAGUUUUUUUUUUCUCAUUUUCCCCAAUUUAUUUUGGAAAAAAAUCACUCAGAUCUUGUUGUAUAUACCAAACUUAUCUUGAAAAAAACUGUGAAUUUAUAGGUUUUCCAGACAUUUGUUUAGGUUUAGAUUGAUUAUCUCUGAAUUGAUUGUAAACAAUUUAGGAAUCAGGGUUUCGAAUUGCUGUAAAAUUUGGACCUUGGUGGUAAUAUUCAGAAUUUCAGCUUCUAGAUUGGUGGGUUAUGGCGGUUCCGACGAUAGCACUGUACGCAAGUCCGCCGAGUAGUGUGUGUUCUACGCCGUAUCAAUGCCACUCUCACGCGUCUUAUGAUUUCGAUUUGAACGGCAGAUUAUCGUCGUCUUCCUCGUCGACAUCCUCUUCUUCCCAGAAAUCCAUUGUCGGUGGCCUGUCGUCUCUGUUCUCUUCGCCAGCUGUGAAGGCCAGCUAUUCAACUGGAACCGAGGAUUUGGGGUCUUUGUGGCAUGAUAGAGGCGACGAAUUGAGCAGCUCUUUUCGUUGUUCAUCCCUCAGCUCGUCAUUGAAAAGGGAUCAUCAGAGUCCAGUUUCUGUGUUUCAAGGGCCUGUUUCAUGUAGCACUAGUAGUAGUGGAAUAGGAUCAUAUUCCAGAAGUCCUCCAAAGAGAAUUGCUGGUGAUGUCUGUUCCAUUCGUUCUGGGACUGGUGGAUUGUUCAAUGGUUUUGUUAGGCACGCCUUGGGAUCCUGUGUUGAUCACGAUCCGGCGGCUUUCCAGGUCCUGGAUGAUGAUUCUCGUUCAUCAGGGCUAUUGGAUGAACUCACCUUUAACAUGGAAGAAGGUUUCUUGGAGUCCAUGACAGAACCUUAUGCUAAAAAUUUGCUGUUGGGUGCACAGGCAAGGCAUAAAAUCUUUUAUGAUGAUUUUGUGGUGAAGGCAUUUUAUGAAGCUGAGAAAGCCCAUAGAGGACAGGUGCGAGCUUCUGGUGAUCCUUAUCUACAGCAUUGCGUUGAGACUGCAGUUUUACUCGCAACCAUUGGUGCUAACUCGACUGUUGUUGCUGCUGGACUUUUGCACGACACACUUGAUGACACAUUCAUGACUUAUGACUAUAUAUUCCGGACGCUAGGAGCUGGUGUUGCUGAUCUGGUUGAGGGGGUGUCGAAGCUUAGUCAAUUGAGCAAGCUUGCACGAGACUUUGAUACAGCUAGUAAAACUGUUGAGGCGGAUCGAUUACACACCAUGUUCCUUGCUAUGACAGAUGCCAGGGCGGUUCUCAUAAAACUAGCUGAUCGUUUGCAUAAUAUGGUUACUUUGGAUGCAUUACCAUCUACAAAGCAGCAAAGAUUUGCUAAAGAAACUUUGGAAAUUUUCGCCCCUCUUGCUAAUCGCCUAGGCAUCUCAACCUGGAAAGAGCAGCUGGAGAACCAAUGCUUUAAACAUCUUAGCCCUGAUCAGCACAAUGAACUGUCAUCCAAACUAAUGGAUUCUUUUGACGAGGCAAUGAUUACCUCUGCUGUGGAGAAAUUGGAGCAGGCGUUAAGUGAUGGAUCUGUCUCUUAUCAUGUGCUUUCAGGGCGUCACAAGAGCUUGUACAGCAUUUACUGCAAGAUGCUAAAGAAGAAGCUUAGUAUGGAUGAAGUCCAUGACAUUCAUGGGUUGAGGUUGAUUGUUGAAAAUGAGGAGGAUUGCUAUAAAGCACUUCAAGUUGUUCACGAGCUAUGGCGUGAGGUACCCGGGAGAUACAAGGACUACAUAGAGAAACCGAAAUGCAAUGGGUACCAAUCUCUUCACACGGUUGUUCUUGGGGAAGGCAUGGUGCCUCUUGAAGUGCAGAUCCGAACAAAAGAGAUGCACUUGCAAGCUGAAUAUGGCUUUGCUGCUCAUUGGAGAUACAAAGAAAAUGAUUGCAAGCACUCCUCUUUUGUACUUCAGAUGGUAGAGUGGGCUCGUUGGGUUGUAACCUGGCAGUGCGAGACAAUGAGCCGAGACCAGUCAUCUGUUGGCCACACUGAAUCGAUUAAGCCACCUUGCAAAUUUCCAGCUCAUUCCGAGGAUUGUCCUUUUUCUUGCAAACCUGAUUGUGGAACUGAUGGGCCUGUCUUUAUCAUUAUGAUUGAGAAUGAUAAGAUGUCUGUUCAAGAAUUCGCAGCAAACUCGACCGUGAAGGAUCUGUUGGAGAGAGCUGGCCGUGGGAGCUCAAGAUGGACACCCUAUGGAUUUCCUAUGAAGGAAGAGCUAAGGCCAAGGUUGAACCACGAACCAGUUAGUGAUCCCAACUGCAAGCUAAGAAUGGGAGAUGUUAUAGAAUUAACUCCAGCGAUACCACAUAAAUCGUUGACAGAGUACAGGGAGGAGAUUCAACGAAUGUAUGAUAGAGGUGUAAGCCCUCUUCCUGCCGCUGCCAAUACUGUAGUUGGUCUGAGGAGUUGACAGUUGAUGUUUCUCCUCCUCCUAGAUUAAGGUCCUCCUCUAAUCUUGUACAUAAUUACAAAUGAUAAGCAUUUGUACAGAACAGCCGUGGUUCUGUAUAUAAAAAAAUAUAUUAGGUGACUGA